AUGCCAUCACUCCAUGUCGAAACAAAGAAUCUUGCGGAUCCCACCAGUCCUGCAGAGGGCCAAGGUGCCGCAUCACAACCAGCACUCAGCCACCAACACGAACAUGCCACGUCACCAAGGACCAUCCGUGCACCGCCAGAACGUCUUGUUGAAGGCGACUUGGUUUUGAGAAGAUGGAAGCUCUCUGAUGCGGCCGAUCUACACGCGGCCGCGAGCAGCUCGGCCGUCGAGCUGGCGCGGUGGAUGCCGUGGGCUGCCGACGGAUACGAUCUCACCAAAGCACAGCAAUUCCUCGACUUCACAUCCAAAGCAUGGGACAACGGAGAGUCGUACGACUUUGCCAUCAUAGUUGAUGGCCGCAUCAGCGGCUCGUUUGGGCUGAUGACACCGGCUACCAAGGCACCCAAUACCCUCGAGGUCGGCUACUGGCUUGCGAAGGAAGCCACUGGUCGCGGACUCGCAACUCGCGCCGCGUCGCUUCUGACUCGUACAGCCUUUGCAGUGGGCGCCGAGCACGUGCAGAUCAGGCACGAUGAGCGCAACCAUCGAAGCGGUGCCAUCCCCCGCCGUCUCGGCUUCAAGUCUCUGGGCCUGGAAAGUCUUCCUGCGGGCAAGCGUGGAGGAAAGGAGGUCUCUUUGUUGUGGCAGAAGGACGUGGACAGUGAGACGAGCUGA